AUGGCCGCUUCCCUUCGUGUCGUGCGCAAGCACCCCGACGCCCAGCUCCCCAAGCGUGGGAGCCCUGAGGCAGCAGGCUACGACCUCUAUGCGGUUGAGGACACCGUCAUUGCAGCACAAGGCAAGGCCAUCGUGAAGACGGGCCUCAUUAUGGAGAUUCCUGAAGGCUGCUAUGGCCGCAUCGCACCGCGCUCGUCCUUGGCCGCCAAGCAUCACUUGGAUGUUGGUGCUGGCGUGAUCGAUCGCGACUACCGCGGCGAAGUGGGAGUUGUCAUGUUCAACUUUGCCCAGCAAGAGUUUACAGUAAAAAAGGGUGAGCGCAUCGCGCAGCUUAUUUUGGAGUGCAUCUUCACGCCUUUGGUGGAGGAGGUCGGGUCCCUAUCCGACACUUCACGAGGCGAGGGUGGCUUUGGCUCCACCGGUACCAACUGA